GGGAGGAAAAACCAAGAAAAAAAAAAAGAAAGAAAGAAAGAAAAAGUUUGUGGGUCAUCAUUGUUUAUUUAGAAAUGGUCGCGUAUUGUAAGUAGUAACAAAUUGUAAUUUGCAAAUAAAAAAGCCGAUAAGAUAAGAUGUAUAUUGUAUAUGUGAAAAGAUUGUGAAACUGAGGAGAAAAUAUUCACAGUUAUAUGUACAUCUCCAAGCAGAAACAUGCCACCGAAUCCACGGUGCAGCGACCGGAGCACCGGCCGGAAUUUGCUUGUUGUGGCGACGAUCCUGCUUGUCAUCGUGUACGUGAGGGCUUACAACAGGAUUGCCUGGGUGAUUCCCUUCACCAUCUUCUGGGUCUUUACGCUGGUAUUUUGUUGCGUCGUUCACAUCGACACCACCGUCGGAACCGGCCCACCUGCUGCUAACCAGAAUUCGAAUACAGUACCCGUAGCUGCUGCUGCACUGCAUCAGGCCCCGAAUGAAGUCGGGCUCGCCCCGACUGCCAUCCGAGCACUUCCGACCUUCGUGCACAAAAAGGCCCCCAGCCAAAGCGGCGAAAGUAGCGACCGCGGUGCGGAGAUGUGCUCCGUCUGCCUCGAGGUGAUUCAGGAAGGGGAGACGGUGCGGCAGUUGCCGGUGUGCUUACACUUGUUUCAUAUGGGAUGCGUCGACAUGUGGUUGGGCUCGCAUUCGACAUGCCCAGUAUGUAGGUCUGCUAUUGUGCUACUUGACUGUGCUUGAGAUGAACUCUUCAUCAUAUCUAAUACUU